UUACUCUUAUGUUUGUAGUUUCUUUAUAGAUUAUCUAUGAGUUCUAGCUCCAGCAGUUCUUCUAGUGAGAGUGAGCAAUCAAGCUCUAGUAGUUCUAGUUCAGAUGAGGCUCAGGCCACACUCAAGAUGAGAGUCAUACCUGAUCCAUCGGCAUCAUGGCAUCCACCAGGUAGUCUUCCUACCACGUCACAUAGCAGUAGUACAUCACAUGGCUCAGUUUCAGCUGGUCCUAGCUCAAGUCAAGCCACACAAAAGAAGACGAGGGGUCCCACAUAUGUGCAUGGUCCAUGGGGUACUAGUGAAAAUGGUGUUUUAAAUGUUGCUUCAAAUGAGUUGAAUCAAGUAGUUAAAGGAUACACAUCCCUUGCUUCACAUUUGGGUGUUUUGGCACGAGAUGGGAGUCUUGCACCACUCACUUUUACGACUUGGCAUUAUGUCCCACAACAAAACAAAGAUAACAUAUGGAGGGAGAUAAAGGAGAUGCAUUGGCAAGUAUAUCUUCCAUAGCUCUAACAAUAAGGGCUCAAAAGCAUCAUCUUUACAAGCGUGUAUAAUUGUAAUGCAGGCUCAUACGAAUGUAGAUGAAUCCAUGAAGAGAACAAUAAUGGCUUCAUUUGGGAAGAAAUUGAGAGAUUGGAAAAGUAGAGUGAAAAAAGUGGGAUACAAACCCUUCAAGAAUGAUGCAGAAAGGUUGGUUCAUUGAUCGGAUAGAGUACAUGAGGAUCAGUGGAUGGCCUUGGUCUACUAUUAGGGCACUCAGAGUGCAUCG